AUGGCUCUGGCUCUGAGACGGGCCGGGCAUCUCAAGCCCGAAAUCCGUCUGGCUCAGGCCGUAUCAGAGUUUGAGGCGAAGCUUUCGAGAGAGGAGAAAGCAAGAUUUAAUAUAAGAAAGUCGCAGUCACUUGCAUCGCCUCCCACUAUCCAGGAUCAGAAAUUGACAGGAACCACGGUGGUCGAUGUUUAG